GUGGAUGCCUCUGAGUACCAGGCCUUUUCAGUGCAUGUGCAGGUGAUGGAUGUGAAUGGUCGUCCAGCUGAGGGCUACUACAAGUGGCUGAAGGAACUCGUGCUUGAUCUUGAUCAGGCCAAUUCCUCUGAAGCUGAAGUCAUUCGCCUGGACCAAGUGACUUGUGAUCUUUCUCCUGGUGAUGGACGGUGGCGUUGGGUCACACGAGAAACGAUCUUGCACAAGUUCGAACUAUGGUCGGCUG